CUUUCUCUCUUUCUCUUCCUUUCCCUCCUUUGGGAGGGAUUGCUGAAUCCUCCUUUCCCUCCCUUUCCUUCCAACCAAACAGGCCCUUCGCGUCUUCCUUCUCUUCCUUCCUGUGCCGCAGCCCCUCCCUCUUCUUUCUCGUCGUCUCACAGCCGCUCCCUCUUCAGCCGCAGCCGCUCCCUCCACUCCACCCGAGCAGUGCAGCCGCGAGCCUCCCGUUCCUCGCAAGCCUCUUCGUCUUCGCCUCUCUCUUUCUUUCCCCUUCCGUUGCAAUCGAGACAGAGGGAGAAGAUAAAGAGGACUCGAGAGAUCGCCAGAUUAACUCACCGUCUCUUUUCCUUGCCGUCAGAGAGAACCGCUGCUGAGUGGCGCUGCUCCUGAUCCUCCUUCUCACCAGAAGUCCUUCAUUUUCUAACCAGUUGAUCCUAAAGCUGGUUUUUCGUUCAUGAAGAGGAUCCCUUCAAGGAGCCGACGUCGCCAUGGCUUACCUGGUUGAGAGUAAGGAUGAGAACUGAAGACUGGAAUGGACUCGGAGAAAUACGACGAACAACACUACCUCCCACUCUGUCCGCACCGUCAUGACGCUCCAGACAGUCGGUUGUUCAAACAGUUUCAAAACUGAAGACUCGAGGAGAAUUCAUAUUUAGUUGCUUAAAAGUUAAAGCCUCGCUUCCUUUUUCUUUGCUUCUCUUCCUUCUGUAUCUCGUCCUCUAUAAGCCAUAAUUUGAAAUUGUAACCCUCCCCAUCACUCAUGCGAGCUUUGUUAAAUGCUAAAACCGUCCCGACUAGUCGGUUUCGUGAAGAAGAGGGAUUUUUUCCGUCGGAAUGGCCGCGACCCAAAUGGUUUUUCCUUUUCGUUUCCACCCUGGGAGCUCAGGUUCAGGGCCAGGAAGGCCACCAUCGAUGAUCUGCAUCGGCUGUGCAAAAAGGGUGAGAUGAAAAAAGUGACGAAAGUAUUGGACCAGCUUGCUAAGCAAGGGAUUAGGCCCAAUUACGAAACGUGCCUUCGAAUCUUGAGGAGAUGCAUUAGCGUCAAUGCUUUCCAGGAAGGCAGGUCGAUCCACUCCUGCCUGAUGAGAAACGCAGUGAACCUAGAUUUGUUCCUGAGGAACACGCUAAUCAGCAUGUACAGCAAAUGUGGUGGUCUCGGACACGCCCUCGACGUGUUUGGCAGAAUGCCUGAACGAAGUGUUGUGUCGUGGACGGCCAUGAUUUCUGCGUUUGCUGGAGAAGGUCGAAAAGAGGAUGGUUUGAGGUACUUCGGAUUGAUGAGGAAGGAAGGAGUUAAACCCAAUGCGAAUACUUUUGCUACUGUGAUUCCUAUAUGUUCUGAAAUGAGCAAGGGCGGGUUGGGGAGAGGAUUGCAGGGCCUUGUUGUGAAGUGUGGCUUUUACAGUGAUGUCUUUGUUUUGAGCAGCUUGAUUGGCAUGUAUGCGGGCUUAGGUUGCGUGGAUAGUGCAAUGGAGGUGUUCACCGAGAUGCCUGUGAGGGAUGUGGUUGCUUGGAACUCGAUGAUUGCUGCAUAUGUGCAGACCGGGUUUAGCAGAGAAGCAGUUGAGCUAUUUUUAGUAAUGCUGGUUGGGGAUAUUCAACCUAAUAAUUAUAGUUUUGCGACGGUCCAGAAAGCUUGUGCUGGUCUGGGUUGCGUAAAAUUUGGUAGUAGUGUGCACGCUUGCUUAGUGAAGAUGGGUUUUGAUCUGGAUGUGUUUGUGAUGGGGUGUGUCGUUGACAUGUACUCAAAAUGUGGGAAUUUGCAGGAGGCCCGUCGAGCUUUUGAUAACAUUGCCAAUAGAGAUAUUGUGGCUUGGAACACCAUGAUCAGUGGCUACGUACAGAAUGGUGUUGGUGAAGAAGCAAUUGAACUCUACUGCCAAAUGCCCCUUCAAGGUUUUAUUCCUAACAACAUAACAUACGCGAGCAUUCUCAAGGCAGUGGCCAUUCUGGAGGAUGGUGUACUAUGCAAGUAUUUACAUCCACUAGUGAUUAAAAGUGGGUUUCUUUCAGAUGUUUAUGUAGGCACAGCUCUUGUGGAUGCAUAUGCAAAAUCUCUGCUGGUGGAGGACGCGGAGAAAGUAUAUACAGAGAUGCGGUACAGGAAUUUGGUCUCAUGGAAUGCACUCAUAACUGGAUACAGUCUUGCAGGGAAGUACAAAGACGCCAUGAAUCUUUACUGUCAAAUGCAAAAGGUUCCAAUAAGGCCAGACCCCUAUACAUUAACUGGCCUUCUUUCUUCAUGUUCUAUGUCUAAAUCAUUGGCUGAAGGUAGUCAACUUCAUGCUCAUUCCAUUAAGAUUGGUUUAGAUUCUAAUGUGUCAGUUGGCAAUGCUUUGCUGGAUUUGUACUCGAAAUGUGGGUCGGUAGAUGAUGCAUCAAGGGCCUUUCAAUGUAUUGAUGUCCCCAAUUCUAUUUCCUGGGCUGCAAUUAUAUCAGCCUUUGUGCACAACGGUGGGGAGGAGAGUGCAGUCCUGUAUUUCCGUGAAAUGCAUAGAAUUUUCAAAAACUUUGAUGAGUUCUCAUGCAGCAGUGUCUUAAAGGCAUCAGCUAGUUGUGCAGUAUUGGAACAGGGGAAACAAAUUCAUGUACAUGUGGUAAAAUCUGGUCUCGAAUCAUCUCUAUACGUUGGAAGUGCUCUUAUUGAUAUGUAUUCGAAGUGUGGUAGAUUGGAAGAUGCAUACAGGGUCUUCAAAAUCAUGCCUGAAAAGAAUGUUGUUUCGUUGAAUUCUAUGAUAAUGUGUUUUGCUCAACAUGGCCAUAGCGAGCAAGCUCUGUAUCUAUUUGAGGAGAUGCAGAAACUUGGCAUACUACCAACAUCCAUCACCUUCAUUGGUGUACUUUUUGCGUGCAGUCAUGCUGGUUUGGUUGAAAAAGGACGUGAAUACUUUGACAUGGUGGUCUCCAACCAUAGGAUUUCACCAACAAUCGAGCAUUACACGUGCAUGGUUGACCUUCUUGGUCGUGCUGGCCUUCUAAAUGAAGCAGAGAUAUUUCUCAAGAAUUCUCCCUUUGCAUUCGAAGCUUUGAUCUGGCGUUCUCUCCUUUCUGCUUGCAGGCUCCACAAGGAUACAGUUGUUGGCAGUCGUGUAGCUGAUCAUUGUCUACUAUUGGACCCAUGUGAACCUUCAACGUAUGUGCUUUUGUCAAAUAUGUACGCAUCAAGGGAUCGAUGGGAUGAUGUGACAAGAAUAAGAGCUUUGAUGAAAGAAAUGGAUCUUGAAAAAGAGCCAGGAUGUAGUUGGAUAGAGGUCAGAGACAAGGUUCAUAUAUUUGUGGCGAAUGACAAGUUUCAUCCUCUUAAGGAGGAGAUAUAUGACAAGUUGGACAUGUUGAUGCCACAAAUGAAGAUGGCUGGUUACAUACCUGAUUUAAGCUUUGUUCUCCAUGAUGUCGAUGAUGAGUCCAAAGAACAAUGCCUUCUUCAUCACAGUGAAAAAUUGGCUAUUGCAUUUGGAUUGAUUUCUAUAGCACACCCAGUACCAGUUAGGAUUUUCAAGAACCUGAGAGUCUGCGGUGAUUGCCAUGCUGCUGCAAAAUAUAUAUCUAGAAUUGCGGCACGAGAAAUAAUAAUUCGAGACACCAAUCGAUUCCAUCAUUUCAUUGAUGGUCUAUGUUCUUGCGGGGAUUACUGGUGAUAUGUUGUUCAAUUGGACGAGUGGUUGGAUCUUUCUAUAUGUGGAGGGGUUAUGCAGUCAACUGUCUUGGUUGCUAAUCCACUUUGGAGUUGCUUUGAUUAAACAUGUUCUGAAGGCAAUUCCAACCUACUGGAACGAGGUACAGGGAGGAAACCUUGUUCGCAUUUGAACGUCAUCUGUUUACUCGUUAGGUGAAUUGCAGCGAGGAUGAUUCAGAUACUGUAUGAUCACAUAGAGUUAUUUGACUGUUGCCUUUUCUGCAGUAGAUGGAAGCAAAGUUCCUCGCUUCUUAGUUUGUCGACAUUGGACAGUUUCAUUGUCGGAAUGGCUAGGAGGAAGGAUUCUGGUAAACUUAUAUUGCUAUUGGCUAUUGGCUCAUGGAAAAACAGGAAAAAGUACUCUAUGAAGAUGAUAGCAAAUUUGGAUGAAGUCUGACGUUUGUACUCCAAAUAUAUAUUCAAGUCAACUUUUUCUUUUAGGGGGCGUUUGAUGUGCAGGAAAAGAAACUGUUCAUCGAGAAAAAUAAUUCAAAAAUUUGAAAUUUUUCCAUCGUAUCAAACAUGGAAAAAUUUCAUCGACCGUUGAAGUCGAAUUCCAAAAAUUUUUUCCGAAAAAAAAUUUCCGUCUGGAGAGACGAAAAUUUUUUUCUGGAAAUUUAUUUUUGCCCGUUAGGGCACGCGAGCGCGUCUUCUUCUUUUCCUUCGUGCCGCAGCAGCUCCCUCUUCCUUCUCGUCGACGCACCCGCAAAAGACUCCCUCGUGUGCCUCCUCUCCCUCUCCGCAUCAGAGCUCGACGCCUCCACGCCUCCUCUCAGUGCAGCCGAUAGCCUCCCGUCCCUCUCUUUCUCGCAAGGUACGCGUUUUGAAUCCCCUCUCCUUCGCAGCCGUGACCUCUUCUUUCUCGUCGAUGAACCCGCAGAAGACUCCCUCGCGUGCCUCCUCUCCCUUUCCGCAUCAGAGCUCGACGCCUCCACGCCUCCUCUCAGUGCAGCCGCUAGCCUCCCGUCCCUCUCUUUCUCGCAAGUGGACCGGUUGGUUAAUAUCGUGUGCCUCCUCUCCCUCUCCGCAUCAGAGCUCGACGCCUCCACGCCUCCUCUCAGUGCAGCCGAUAGCCUCCCGUCCCUCUCUUUCUCGCAAGGUACGCGUUUUGAAUCCCCUCUCCUUCGCAGCCGUGACCUCUUCUUUCUCGUCGAUGAACCCGCAGAAGACUCCCUCGCGUGCCUCCUCUCCCUUUCCGCAUCAGAGCUCGACGCCUCCACGCCUCCUCUCAGUGCAGCCGCUAGCCUCCCGUCCCUCUCUUUCUCGCAAGGUGCGACGACUGAAAACGAAGCUCUGAUGUUUGCACUGUUGUUUAUCCCUCUUUCAUUUCUUUUUUGUAUUGCUUGCUGGAUCUCUGCCGUGAGCAUCAAUCCCCUUUUCUUUUUGUAUAUUUUCCUGGUUCCUUCUCAAAUGAUGUCUGCACGCAUGUUUAUUGUGUUGAGCGCCUUUCUGAAUGGGAUCGUAUUUCAAAAGCAACCUCGGACGAUUGUUCUACAAGCCUUAUGGAAUGAAAGAGUUGUUUUUGACAUUUUGUACAGAAAACUAAGCCUUAGAACAUCUUCAUUUGAGGCUGGUUAUUCUACUUAAAGCCCAUGGAGGCUACUAGCAGCCCGGCGUGCUGGGCGUUCACCUGCCUGUCAAAAUGUUCUAAUUUAUGUCAUCAUAGAAACUACUUGCUGUAGGAGCCCUAAACCUCGGUGCAGAUGACCUCUUGGUUGUUUCUCCACCAAAUUACAGAGAGACCCUUCCAGGCAGAUUUAAGAAAUGCUGGUGGUUCAAAAACGUCUCUGCUUUGGGGCAGACCAACCUUGUCACGGCACUCUUGGAUCUCUGCAUUCUACCAUCAGCCUGCACACACAGACAAAAAAAAAAAGGAGCCCUCAUGUCUUCAUGUAAAGUUGAUUCUUCUUUUCUAUUUUGGUCCAGAAAUCUGUUGCCUCAAUAUUUGGCCAUUUUGCUGAUUCAUCUAUUCUCCAGCUACUUCCCGCAAAGCCAAUUGCAGAGAAGGAUGCUUAUUGAACGUCAAAAACUGUGUGCAUUAGGAUCAAAACUACAGAAAAUCAAUGUAGAAAUCAUAUUUUAUAAACAUAACAUGAAUUAUGUGCAGGAUUCAGAGACUAGUGAUCUUAAGCAAGCUGCUAAUUGCUUUCUUCAAUCAUCCAAUGUUGGUAGCAAGAUUCAGAGACUAGUGAUCUUAAGGUGGGGUAAAAUGUAAGAAGCCAAAGAAAGAGCAGCUUUAGACUAGGACAACUUCCAUAGUAAUUAGUUAAGAAAUCUCAAUAUUAUGCUCCCUCUACAAAAAACUUUCAUUACUAUACGCAGUAACCAGCAGUAGUCGGUUAAUUACAAACUAAAACUGAAGGAUGGGCAUCGUGCACAUAUUCUGUGUCUAUAUGAAUGUUUUCUUUGUUUCAAUUGCUUCAGUUGUAAAGGAGGCACCCUUAUUUUGAUUAAGGUGACUUCACAUUUGCUAUGGUAUACAUUUUCUUAUGCAGGUUCUUCAUUUGUCUUGGUGUCCUUAUUUUCUUAUGCAUGUUCUUCUUUUGUUUUGGUGCUUCAACUUAAAUAAACAUUACUUGACAAGAAGCUGAUCAGCUCUUCGAGUUGUUGUAAACCCCAUCCAAACAUCUUUUUGAAACAAAUCACCAUAUAAAUGAAUGUCUCAGUUGCUCUACUAUUUCUGCUGCUA